AAAAGAAAGCGGGGGGCGGGGGAGAGACUCGAGCAAUGGCGGAUUGACUGCGGCUCCUUCCCGCCGUCUUUCGCGAGCGAUCGGUGUCAGCUGUCUCCUUGAGGAAGUGGAGCUUAAGGAACAAGAUCAUGGAGGACAACAUUCACAUCCAUGCUUGGUCCUGCUCCUAUUAUCUCAACUCGGAGAAACAAUGGGUUCCCGGCAAACUCCUGCUGACCCCAGUUUCGGUCAAAUUCACGGCGGACAAAUCCGGAGAGAUCUUGUCCAGCUUCCCGCUUUCCUCCAUCAGCGAGAUCAAGAAAGAAUCGUCCACCUUAAUCUUCAGUUCCCUCACCCUUUUGGAGAGCAACACCAAGCAUUGGUUCAGCUCCCUCCAACCCAACCGAAACGUGAUCUUCAACGUGCUGGAACAUUUUUGGAGGGAGCAGCUCCUCUCCCCUGGAGGAGCCAGGCCGCAGGCGGCGUGCGCCCAGACCUCCAAGGGCAGAGAAUUGACCGGCUUGCUGGCGGGAUCUGAGAAGCGCCUGGAAGACACCGCCAAGGUCCUGGAGAACCAGGGCGAGCAGUUUGAUAACAUCAUGAAAGGCCUGGACAAGAUUGAGUCGGAGAUGGAUGUGGCGGACAGGUUAUUGUCUGAACUUGAAUCCCCCUCUUGGUGGCCUUUCGGUGGGAAACUCCCCAAGGCCGUGUCCGAAGCAGGGAAGGCGAAGGAAAACCUGGCCGCUUCUCCCCCCAAAAGCAAAGAUAGCGUCAUUGUCCACAUCCCCGUCAUCAUCGGCGAACGGACCGAUGCUCACGUCAAACCGGGCAGCCUCACCCUCUUAGUGUCCGGCCUGAGGAUCUGCAACGCCAAGUCCCAGCUGCUCCAUUGGUUUGACAAGAGGGACGUGGAUGACGUCAGGGUCCAAACCCCUUACGAAAUCUGUGUCCGCCAGAGGUUCAUCGGCAAACCGGAUAUCUGCUACCGGCUGCUGUCGGCAAAGAUGCCCGAAGCCAUCCCGUUCCUCGAGAUGCAGUUCAGCAAGAAGAUCCAGUUCUCGGAGGAUGCUGUGAGGCUCACGCAGGCUAAGAGGGUCUCGCCAGAGGAGGUGGGGACCUCCAUUUGGCAAGCAGCCACUGGGUUUGUGGGGAGCCUCGUCCAGACCGGAGCAACACCCGCCUCCUCCUCUUCCUCCUCCUCCUCCCGAGGGAGUGGAGACCACCAGCAAGAGCAGCAGCAGCAACAGGCUCAGGUGCAGAAGGAGAAACAGGUGAUCUCCCAGAGUGAGACGCAGGAAAUCCGCCAGAUCCUCCGGAGGCUCAAAUGCCUGGCCUUGGAGACAGAGACGGAGCUGGAGCGACAGGACGAAAGCCUGGAUGUCAUCACGUCCUCCGUGGAUCGGGCCACCAUGAACAUUGACCGGCAGAACCGCAGAAUCCGGAAACUCACCUAGGAAACCCCCCCCCCCCCCAAGCAAGAGGAUUUGGGCCCCUGUGAAGCAGAGGUUCCCGUUCAUCCUUUACCUUGGCCGGGGUCAGAUUGAGUGACAAAGCAAAAAUAAUAAUGAUAAUAAUUCACAAAAGAGGAAGGUGCUCCCGAUUGGGGCAUUUUUAUUAAGCGGAGUUUUGUUUAAAUGGCGAAAGGGACUCAAGUUCUUGAACGUAAGUCGCGAAGUACCUUUCGGGUUGCGACGAGUGAGAAGGUAAAGUUGCCAAUCGAAACGACCUCCUUUUGGUUAUUCUCCAGCUGAUCCGAGAACAACGCAUCAUGGGGGGUCCCACCCCACCACGCCUUUCGGUGAGGCCCGCCGCCCCCCCGAAAUUAUCCACGCAGCCGCGAGAACCUCGGACAGCGCAUGGAAACGGGACGAUGCGAUUUGCAAAAUGUCCGUUUUGAAAUUCACCUUUCGGGUGCCCCGGCAUUCCUCUUCAUCACUUCGACAGCACC